AUGUUCGCCUCUGCCAUUCUCAGAUCCGCCGCUGCUGUUAAUGCCCAAGUUGCCGCUAAGCAAGUUAGAGUCACCCUUAAGCCAAACGGUGUUGCUUAUAUGCUUGGACUCUACGCUAAGAAGGUUCCAGUUAUCUUCAUGUGGGCCGGUGCUGUCGGCACCGCUUUGUUCUGGCCAUUGGGUGCUGAAGGCGUUGUCAAGAAGCUCGGCUGUGGUACCUUCGGCCUUUUCAACCUGAGAAUUGACCCAGACUUCCAAUCAAGGAAGCUCACGCUUGGUCCAACCGGUAACUCCACAUUUCCUCCUGUUCAGGAAUCACACUUGUAUCGGCGUUUCUACACCAAGGCGUCCACCUUCCCUGCUGAGAUCCCACCAUCUCUGUUUGCUCAAUAA